AGCAUUCACUACUGAUCUAGCCAGCUGCGAAUGAACAAAGUCGUUGAUCAGUCUUCCAAAAGCUGUUGCCUCGCAAAGAUCAAGGAGAGAAUUCAAAUCCCAUUAAUCCUGUGCACCAUCCAUCAUGGGCCAAACGAAGAAUGAUUUUAUGAACAACGAAGGUGUUCAAGGAACGUACAGACUGUCUAUUUCAUCAGGCAACGAGAAACCACUUGAAAAUGGAUCGCUGGCUGCUAAAAUUGAAGAAGGAAACGAGAGGGCUCAAUGGGGUAGCAACUUGGAGUUUUUGAUGUCCUGUGUAGCAUUCUCUGUUGGCCUUGGUAACGUUUGGAGGUUCCCAUAUACUGCCUACCAAAAUGGAGGUGGUGCAUUCCUAAUACCUUAUAUCAUUGUUCUCUUUAUAAUUGGUAAACCUAUUUACUAUAUGGAAAUGAUCUUGGGGCAGUUUAGCAGUAGAUCUUGCAUUGAAGUUUGGUCUGUGUCUCCUGCCUUCAAAGGGAUUGGUUAUGGUGUUACUGUAGCCGUGUUUUUGGUGGUAACUUACUAUUGUUCACUCAUGGCAUUGACAAUGUACUAUCUAAUAGCAAGCUUUCAAUCAGUUCUGCCAUGGGCUUUUUGUUGGAAAGAAUGGGGUGAUGCUUGCUUCGACAGUACCUCCUCUAAUACAGAAAUAGUAAAUGUCAGUAAAAGUAGUUCAGCUGAUCUGUAUUUUCGCAAAGUGGUUCUCAAUGAAGUUGGAAUACUAGAAGGAUUAGGAGAUCCAUCUUGGAAGCUAGUCUCAUCUCUCCUGGCUAGUUGGUUCUUUGUAUUCAUAGUGCUGAGAAACGGAGUGAAAAGCAGUGGUAAAGCUGCUUACUUUCUGGCCCUGUUUCCAUACGUGAUCAUGAUAAGCCUGUUAAUAAGAGCAGUGACGUUAGAAGGAGCCGCGGAUGGUAUAAUAUUUCUGUUCAAACCAACCUGGGAAAAGAUUUUUGAUCCUUCAGUCUGGUAUGCUGCUGUCACUCAGUCGUUCUUCUCUCUUGGUGUAUGCUUUGGAGCUGUUAUCAUGUAUUCCUCUUACAAUAACUUCAACCAUAAUGUGUUAAGAGACUGUACAUUGGUAACUACUCUGGACCUGUGUACCAGUCUCAUAGCCGGAACUACCAUCUUUGGUAUCCUGGGUAAUCUUGCUCACGAAUCAGGAAAAGAAGACAUCAGCACCGUGGUGCGCGCAGGAACAGGACUCGCUUUCAUUUCUUAUCCGGAAGCACUUGCAAAGUUCACGGUGGUACCACAAUUAUUUGCUGUACUCUUCUUCUUGAUGAUGUUCAUAUUAGGAAUCGGUACCACUGUUGCCUUUGCUGGAGUCAUUAGUAGCAUCAUCAAAGACAAAUUUCCUCAACUUCCUGAUUGGAAGGUCGCUGGCGGUGUUUCUUGUGCUGGCUUCCUGGUUGGAAUCGUUUACUGUACUAGAGGAGGACAGUACAUAUUAAAUCUGGUGGAUUAUUUUGGUGGAACGUUCAUCAUCGUUUUCUUAGCUUCUUUUGAAGUGAUUGCUAUUUCUUGGGUGUACGGUGUUGAUAAUUUUUUGGAUGACACUGAAUUCAUGGUCGGUUCCAGACCAUCAUUUUAUUGGAGAUUAUGCUGGGGUUUCUUAACUCCUCUCUCUCUCUUCUCCAUUCUAAUCUAUUUUCUAUCAGAGUUGAGACCUAUCACCUACAAGGAUGAAUAUUAUCCAACUUCCGCUUAUGUCGCUGGUUGGUUGAUUUUGAUACUGGGAGUGAUACAACUUCCUAUUUGGAUCAUUGUUGGCAGAUUGAAACAGGAAAAAAGUGAAUCUUGUUUAGAUAUGUUAAAACCAAAUCCUGACUGGGGUCCAAAAGAUCCAAUAAAACACAAAGAAUGGAAGGACUUUAAGGAUUCAAAGAGGAUAGCAAGGACGAACUCGAACAAGAAAAGAUCAAGAAUCAUUGCUAUGUUAAUCGGAGAUAAUUAAAUAGUAGCAGUAAGAUUGAUGAAAUAAAUGUAUCUUCAAUUGUUAUCAAUAAAAUAUUUCAUCUACUUUU